CCUUGUUCCUCUAAAAAAAACGUCCGUUUACAACUCAUUCCUUCCACGCGCGUCGUUACCUUCCCCUCUCUCUCUCUCUUUAACUCUUACUCUCUCCCUCUUCUUCUCCGCUGUCUCUUUCUUCCAAAAUCACAUUAGCGAAACAGAGCGAUCAGUGAAGAGAGGAGAGGAGACAUUAAAAGGAAACCCAUAGAGCAGUUCGAAGUUGUUUUGAUGACGUGGAGCCGUCUUCCCGGUUAAUUUUCCCGGUUAAUAAGAGAUGUCACACGUAAUUAAAACAUCUUCCUCGAAGCAAAUGGCGACGACGAACACUCCCACGGCUGCUCACCAACAACAACAACAAACGCCACCUCCGCCGCCUCCGGAGGUAACGACGGAGGAGCUAACGGUGAAGGCUCUGAACAAGAGAUACGAAGGUUUGAUGACGGUGAGGACGAAAGCGGUGAAAGGUAAAGGCGCGUGGUACUGGACUCACCUCGAGCCGACGCUCGUGCGCAACACCGACACCGGCCUCCCCAAAGCCGUGAAACUCCGCUGCUCCCUCUGCGACGCCGUUUUCUCCGCCUCCAACCCUUCCCGCACCGCCUCCGAGCAUCUCAAACGCGGCACGUGUCCCAAUUUCACCUCCUCCGUCGCUCCUCCAAUCUCCGCCGUCAGCCCUUCUCCUUCCUCUUCCUCUUCCUCUCCUCUAGCUCACCACCGGAAAAGAAACUCCUCCGGCGCCGCCGUCGUCACCGCCGCGGCUCCUUCUCGCCUCAACCCUCCUUCUUCUUACAACGCGACGCCGAUAACGAUCGUCGAUCCUUCGAGAGGCGGAGAGCUGCGGUACUCCUCCGCUCCGCCGCCGCCGCCGCGUCUGAUGCUCUCCGGCGGAAAAGACGAUCUGUGUCCGUUGGCUAUGCUCGAAGACGGUGUGAAGAAGCUCAAGAGUCCCAAACCGUCGCAGUCUCUCACGAGAUCGCAUAUGGAGUCGGCGGCUCUCGACUCUCUCUCCGACUGGGUCUUCGAGUCCUGCGGCUCCGUUUCUCUCUCGGGUCUGGAGCAUCCCAAGUUUCGAACCUUUUUAACCCAAGUCGGUUUACCAAUCAUCUCCAAGAGAGACUUCGCCUCGACAAGGCUGGAGUUUAAGUACGAGGAAGCCAGAGCGGUGUCCGAAUCGAGAAUCCGAGACGCCAUGUUCUUCCAAAUCGCAUCGGACGGCUGGAGAGAGAGUCUGGUGAGUCUGAUCGUGAAUUUACCCAACGGGACGAGUGUUUACAGAAGAGCGGUUCUCGUGAACGGAGCUGUCGUGCCGUCGAACUACGCGGAGGAGGUCUUGUUGGAGACGGUUAAGGGCAUUUGCGGAAAUUCGCCUCAGAGGUGUGUUGGGAUAGUCUCUGACAAGUUCAAGAACAAGGCGCUUAAGAGUCUCGAGGGGCAGCAUCAGUGGAUGGUGAACAUGUCUUGUCAGUAUCAAGGGCUCAGGAGUUUGAUCAAAGACUUCGUAAAAGAGCUGCCUUUAUUCAAAUCCGUCUCGCGAAACUGCGUGAGACUCGCCGAGUUCGUCAACAACACGGCGGAGAUACGUAACGCGCACCGUAAGUAUCAGCUUCAAGAACACGGCGAAUCUAUAAUGCUGCGGUUGCCUUUAAAUUGCGAUAGUGGUAAGACUUGUUUCUUUGAGCCAUUGUUUAGUCUUCUUGAGGAUGUGUUGAGUUCCGCUAGAGCGAUUCAGCUGGUGAUGCAUGAUGAUGCUUGUAAGGCUGUUUUGAUGGAGGAUCAUACGGCUAGGGAGGUUAGAGAGAUGGUUGGAGACCAAAGGUUUUGGAACGAGGUAGAGGCGGUCCACGCUUUGAUCAAGCUUGUCAAAGAGAUGGCUCGGAGAAUAGAGGAAGAGAAGCUGCUCGUUGGGCAAUGCCUCCCGCUAUGGGACGAGCUAAGGGCUAAGGUUAAAGAUUGGGACUCUAAGUUCAACGUAGGGGAAGGACAUGUGGAGAAACUUGUGGAGAGAAGAUUCAAGAAGAGUUAUCACCCGGCUUGGGCUGCGGCCUUCAUACUCGACCCUCUUUACUUGAUAAGCGAUAGUAGCGGCAAGUAUCUUCCACCGUUCAAAUGUUUGUCGCCGGAGCAAGAGAAAGAUGUAGAUAAGUUGAUAAUAAGGCUUGUGUCUAGAGACGAGGCACACAUUGCGUUGAUGGAGCUUAUGAAAUGGAGAACCGAAGGGCUUGAUCCAAUGUAUGCAAGGGCGGUUCAGAUGAAAGAGCGUGACCCUGUUACUGGUAAGAUGAGGAUAGCUAAUCCUCAGAGCAGUAGGCUUGUAUGGGAGACGUAUCUUAGCGAGUUCAGGUCACUAGGGAAAGUUGCGGUGAGGCUGAUUUUCCUUCAUGCAACUACUUGUGGGUUCAAAUGCAACUCAUCUCUUUUGAAAUGGGUAAGCUCUCAUGGGAGGUCACAUGCAGCUAUAGAUAGAGCUCAGAAGAUGAUUUUUAUAUCAGCUAAUUCGAAAUUCGAAAGAAGAGAUUUCUCUAAUGAGGAGGAUAGGGAUGCAGAGCUACUUGCUAUGGCUAAUGGUGAUGAAAAUUUGCUAAAUGAUGUUCUUGUGGACACAUCUUAGGUGUGACAUUUUUCCAAUUUGAUAAUCUUGGUUUUUGGAUCAGUUUUGUUUAAGCUUAGUUUUUCAUUAGAGUUUUGGCAUUUUGUAGGAUUGUUUGGAUUUUUUUCUUUCAUCACCAUUAUCCCUUUAUAUCAUUAAUAUUCAAGUUGUGAUUGGUUCCUUUAGAAGAUGAGACUUAUGAUAUGUAAUCUGAGUAUUUGUAUUUCAUUAGCCUAUAUAUAUAUACCAUAGUUUUUUCGAUAA